AUGAUUGCCAAAUCUCGGGAAGAAAAAGAGCAUGUUGGAAAUCUCAAGAAGCUGUUCAAAAGGCUAAGAAAGUUCCAGUUGAAGCUAAACCCGGCCAAGUGUACGUUUGGGGCUACCUCAGGAAAACUGCUAGGUUUCAUUGUCAGUGAGAGAGGUAUCGAGGUUGAUCCAGACAAGAUAAAAGCUAUACAAGAACUGCCUCCCCCGCGCACACAGAAAGAAGUCAGAGGAUUUUUAGAAAGGUUGAAUUACAUUGCUCGAUUCAUUGCUCAACUUACCAAUCAGUGCGACCCAAUUUUUCGACUCCUUCGAAAACAUAACCCCGGAGAAUGGAACGAGGAGUGCCAAGCGGCCUUCGAUAAGAUAAAACGGUAUUUGUCUAAUCCUCCGGUACUAGUACCGCCAACACCUGAAAAACCCUUAAUAUUGUACCUGACCGUGUUUGAGAACUCAAUGGGUUGCGUACUGGGGCAACAUGAUGAGUCAGGGAGAAGAGAGACGGCAAUUUACUACCUCAGCAAGAAGUUCACAGAAUAUGAGGUAAAGUACCCUUCAAUUGAGAAGUUUUGUUGUGCAUUGAUUUGGACGGUUCGAAGGCUCAGACAGUACAUGUUGUAUUAUACAACAUGGUUAAUUUUAAAACUGGAUCCAAUAAAGUACAUCAUGGAGUCACCUGCACUCUCAGGAAGAAUGGCACGAUGGCAGAUCUUACUGACUGAGUAUGACAUCGUGUAUGUGAGCCAAAAAUCGAUAAAGGGAAGUGCGAUAGCUGACUUCUUGGCAAGUCGAACAGCGGAAGAAUACGAGCCUUUGAGAUUUGAUUUCUCAGAUGAAGACUUGAUUUGUAUUUCAGAAAAAGAGGGUGAGUCAUCAAGUGAGAAAUCAUGGAAGAUGAGCUUUGAUGGUGCAUCAAAUGCAUUGGGGCAUGGGAUUGGAGCAGUCUUAGUAUCGCCGGAGGGAGAUCAUUACCCGCUCACUGCCAGGUUGAAUUUCUUCUGUACAAAUAAUAUAGCGGAAUAUGAAGCUUGCAUCAUGGGACUUCGUGCAGCUAUCGACAGGAAAAUUAAAAUCUUAGAGGUACACGGGGACUCAGCAUUAGUCAUUUAUCAAAUUCGUGGAGAUUGGGAAGUGAGAGAUCCAAAAUUAGUCAAAUAUCAUGAUCUCGUUGUAGAGCUGAUCAAGGAGUUCUAUAAAGUGACUUUUAACUACUUUCCACGAGAGGAGAACCAACUGGCUGAUGCCCUAGCCACCUUGUCUUCGAUGUUCAAGGCAAACAGAGAAACUGAGAUAAUGCCCAUCCAAAUGAGUAUAUAUGAGACCCCCGCACACUGUUUUAGUAUUGAUGAGGAGUCAGAUGGACGACCAUGGUUCCAUGAUAUCUUGGAGUAUAUCAAGAAUCAAAGGUACCCCGAGCAAGCAAACGAGAAUGACAAAAGAACAAUCAGGAGAAUGGCGAUUGGAUUUGUUCUUGAUGGGGAUAUUCUAUACAAAAGGGGAAAAGAUCAAGUGCUCCUAAGGUGCGUGGACGCUGUUGAAGCUAGAAAGAUACUUGAAGAGGUUCAUGAAGGGAUUUGUGGAACACAUGCCAGUGGUUUCACCAUGGCCAGGCAGAUUAUGAGACUUGGUUAUUAUUGGCUGACGAUGGAAAGGGAUUGGCCAAUUUCCGCGAAAGCUUCCAAUGGGCAUCGUUUCAUCUUUGUGGUUAUAGACUGCUUCACAAAAUGGGUAGCAAGCACUUCGUUUGCUAAUAUGACGAAGGCUGCAAUAAAACAUCAUAAUUCUUCGCCCUAUCGCCCAAAGAUGAACAGAGCAGUAGAAGCCACUAAUAAGAACAUUAAGAUGAUUAUCGGGAAGAUGACUGAGACAUAUAAAGACUGGCACGAGAAGCUACCAUUUGCUUUGUACGCAUACCGCACCUCUGCAUUUAACGCUCACGGGCAACUCCUUUUCUCCGGUCUAUGGAAUGGAAGCCGUUCGCUUAUCAAGUAG